AUGAGCUUUCUCUUGGCCUCCGCCUCGCUAGAAGUAAAAGUAUGGGACUUGGUCUCCUCUUCGACUACAGCCAAACCGACUGGCAAUGCUUCUCCACCCGAACAAUUAUAUGGCGUUGAGCUCUCUUCGUUUGUUCCUUCCAGCCGUGCAGGAGUGAAUUGUGCGCGAUGGAGUCACGACAACCAGCUAUUAGGUGUAGGGCAAAAGGGUUCAGUGUCAAUCCAUGAUCAUAAAGGAACAAUUGUUGAGAAGAUACCUUUGCAAAUUGAAAAGGGUUCGGAAUAUCCGGAUGUCAAAGCGAUUAGAUUCAACAAUAAGUCAAAGUGCGUAAUAUUUGGAGGGUCAGAUAAAAUCGUUCACGUAUGGGAUAGAACUGAAUCACAGUAUGAUGAGCCUUUGAAGGGCCAUCGGAGUGCAAUAACAGGCAUAGAUCUCAACAUAGACGAGACAUUGGUUGCUAGUGCAAGCGAUAUUGGAAAUAUAAUAAUACAUAGUAGAACCUCUUUGAUUCAGAGUAAUUUAACAGUAGUUACCAGUCAGAACACAAAAAGCACGCAACCUAUGAACGUUCUCGAAUACUCAUAUUUCAAACGAGGACUCCUUGCUGCUGGGAGUGAAGACGGAUAUCUUCGAAUAUGGGAUACGUGUGCGUCGACAACAGCAUUACAGACGUUCGAAUCUCAUUUUGGACCGGUCAGGGGGAUUGCGUUCUCGCCAUUUAAUUCGCAAUUGAUGUGUAGUAGUGGAAUGGACAAGCGGAUAGUACUAUAUGACGUGGGAAAAAGAUCAAUUUUGAAGAACAUACACACAGAGUUUCCUUUGACGGCAUUGGCAUUCAAACCUGAUGGGGUUACUAUAGCUGCUGGCACAUUACAAGGAAAGAUAAUAAUAUACGACCUUCGAUCUACUAGUAAAAGCGUCUGCACUUUACUUGGUCAUGAACCACACCCUGUACAAUCUUUAUGCUUUCAGAUACCAGUGGAAAGGAACAAAGCUCUUGAUAGAAAGUCUUCAUCGAGUAAACCCAAAAGUCAUAGCAGAAGUUCAUCGGGAAAGGCUCAAUAUAACACACCCAAGGCAAAUAGUUCAAUGCAAAGCGCGAAAGAAACAAAGGAUAAGAACUAUAUGGAAAUGUUUUCGCCUGUGAAGGAUGGUGACGAUGCCAAGGACACUAAGGAUAUUCGCGCAUCGAUUAUGGGAGCUAUAAAUGGAGUAGCGAUCUCACCAACUACGGAAUCUUUAGCAAUCAAGGCUGCUGCCGCGGCUACGGAAACCGCCAGAGCAACCACUGAACCUGCCAACGUUAAUGCAAUUACAGAAACCACGGAAACUCCUCCGUAUUCAUCAUCUCCCUCUUCAUAUUCACCGCCAUCCUCUUCCAUAGCCAAACUACCCGCCAAAGUUUCUUCGGAAGAACAAAAGAAUGACGCGCCCUCAUCAAAUGCUGCAAGCGGUCUGUCACAGUUUCAGUAUCAGGUGCUGGAAAAUGUUGUUUCCGAAUGUCUACAUGAAUUUAGGACAGCAAUAAAAAAUGACAUUCAAGAUAUGCAUUUAGAGUUGCUGAGACAAUUUCAUAUACAAAAGACUGAUAUGGAACUGAUGUUUAUGAAGUAUUGUGGCGAUACAGUGGCACUCAAAGAAGAAAUAAUUAGGCUUCGAGAGGAGAAUGAGCGAUUACGGAUGAGAUCACUAUGA